ACUCACUCGCGGUAAACGCACCAUAGCAGUUACAUCGAGCUCACCAAUAGCAUGUUGACCUCGUGCGACUAAAUCAAGAAGCGGUGAGAGUUACUGCGGUGACCAUACCGCUAGAACUAGAAAGAGGGGAAGAAGCGACGACGCCGAGAUAGUUGUGUUUUUUUUUUAGUUCUUUUUUUCCAAAAUUUCUCUUUUUUUUAGCUUCUCUCUCGUUCUUUGAUUCUUUGUCUUCGAAACCCUGGGAAAUUUUCUUGGUUGAUUGGUUCGAUCGAGAGCUUUUCUGGGGUUUGAGGGUUUGGUGGCCCUCUCUGAUGGCGUCGGUUGGGGCGGCGGCGUCGAAGGCGGCGAGGAUCUGCUUCAAUUCGCACUGUAAGGAGGCGAAGCCGGAGGCGGCGCCUGUUCGGAAAGGGUGGAGGCUUCGCUCUGGAGAGUAUGCUGACCUCUGUGAUCGAUGCUGUGGAAAUUAUGAGCAAGGAACCUUCUGUGAGACCUUUCACUCAGAUGAUGCAGGGUGGAGAAAUUGUGAAUCAUGCAGGAAGCGUGUUCAUUGUGGAUGCAUAGUCUCCAACCAAGCUUAUCUGCUGCUUGAUGCUGGUGGUGUUGAGUGCAUAGCUUGCGUUAGAAAGGCCCUCGUAUCGGCACCAAACCAGAUGCGGCCAUCACCUUCAUUUCUGCCAUUACAACAAGCAUCUGAGCGGCCAAAAGAUUUGCCAACUAAAAGCUGGAACCAAAUGAGUUCAUAUCCUGGACAAUGGCGUCAAAUGCCUAAAAUAUGGAAUUUGUCUAAUCAAACUGAACUGCAAAGGCGAAUAUCAUAUGAAUUUGACAGACCUAGUUCUAGUGAGAAACUAAUUUCUGGAGUGCGGCCUUCAAUCUGUGUGCCAGAGAAGAAAGCUGAUGAUUUGUCAGAGAGAAUGGCAUUCAGCAGCCUCAGCCAUCAUGUCGUGAGGGACAGAUAUGUUAAUGGAAACAACGGCUUAGACUCGGUUUCUGCAUUUAAUACAUAUCACCAAGAUGAAAGGAAUGUUGAUGGCACACCAGAUUCUGGUCACCCUAGGGGUGAGACCGAUCCUCUUUCUGUGAGAAAAGGGGCAAUGCCUCCUCCAUCUUCAGUUAGUUCUUCUGGAGUUAACUUUGAGGUAUAUCCAGGUUCCUCUGUUAGUACUCCGGUGCCACCAGUCUAUGUGAAGGAUGAGUCACCAUCUCCAAUGGUUGGUUUGUCAGCUCCUUAUCCAUUAUCUCGGGACUCAAAUGACCAGUCUAGGUUGUUGGCUAACCAACCUGCAGGUCAAACAACACAAUCAAUGGGAAAACAACUAUUCCUUACUCCUAAUAAUGUUAAUGACUCAAAUGCUGAUUCAAAUUUUCAAAUGCGUAAUGGAAGACCUAAAGUGGACAGCCGGGGCCGUAAUCAUUUGCUUUCUCGAUAUUGCCCUAGGAUAACUAGUGAAGAGCUGCAACAAAUAUCUGGAGAUUCAAAUUCUGUCAUCACUCCCUUGUUUGAGAAGAUAUUAAGUGCCAGUGAUGCUGGUCGUAUUGGGCGACUUGUGCUACCAAAAAAAUGUGCUGAGGCAUACUUCCCUCCUAUUUCUCAGCCAGAAGGGCUUCCUCUGAAAGUUCAGGAUGCAACAGGGAAGGAAUGGGUAUUUCAAUUCCGCUUUUGGCCAAAUAAUAACAGUAGGAUGUAUGUUUUGGAGGGUGUAACGCCUUGCAUUCAGUCAAUGCAAUUGCUUGCAGGGGACAUAGUAACAUUUAGCCGAAUAGACCCUGAGGGCAGGUUGGUUAUGGGAUUCAGGAAGGCUUCAAGUAUCUCAACUGAACAGGAAAACCAGCCCAACCGAAAUGGGAAUAGUUUUGCAACACCGUCAGAUGCAAAUAAUCGAAACAAUGCAAUUGAAACUAUUGCAAAUACUUCGAUGCGCCCUUCCAAAGGUGCAACAGAACCAAAAAUCUCAAUAAAUGCAGAAGAUCAAGCAAACCAGUCUAAUUUUGACAAAGUAGGAUUCAUACAAAAAGAUGGUCCUGGCUCUAAAGCUUCUCCCGGACCUUCCAAGAGAAAAGGUAGCGCUCUUGGUUCAAAGAGCAAACGCUUAAGGAUUGAAAAUGAGGACUCCAUUGAGCUGAAGCUCACAUGGGAGGAGGCUCAGGAGCUCCUUCGACCAUCUGCUAAUCCUGCUUCCAAUGUAGUAGUUAUUGAUGGGCAUGAGAUUGAAGAAUUUGAGGAAGCACCAGUUAUUGGGAAACCCACAUUUUUUUCGACUGAUCUUUCCGGUGAAAUACGCCAAUGGGCUCAAUGUGAGAAUUGUUCCAAGUGGCGCAAGUUGCCGGCGAAUGCUUUGCUUCCUUUUAGGUGGACCUGCUCCGAUAACAAAUGGGAUCAAGAAAGGGCUUCAUGUGCAUCACCUCAGGAAUUAAGUAAGGAAGAGUUUGCUGCUUUGCUUCCAACAAAUAAUGGUGUAUCAAAGAAGUCCAAAACCAAAGUGGAGAAUGAGACGGUUGAAGUGUCAGACGGACUUGACACACUUGCCAACCUUGCCAUCCUUGGCGAGGGUGAAGCCCUUCCCUCCUCUUCUCAGGCUACAACAAAGCACCCGCGCCACAGGCCCGGCUGCACAUGCAUUGUUUGCAUCCAGCCCCCGAGCGGCAAGGGUCCGAAGCAUCAGCAGACUUGCACAUGCAAUGUUUGCCUCACUGUCAAACGCCGCUUUCGAACUCUCAUGCUCAGACGUGAAAGGCGCCAGUCAGAGAAGGAAGCUGAAAAGAAGCAGCAGCUCAUCCAAUCAUCUGGAAUGCUUCCACAAGUAGUUGAUCAGACCAUGCCAGCUAAUAAUAAUCUCCCCAGUGCUACUGCUACACCAGAAAAGCUAGUGAAUGAAGAUGUGACACUUGAGGAGGAAUCAGAGCAAAAGCCGGUGAUGACAGCGGCGGCAGCUUCUCUAUCUCCGGUCAAGGCCACGAUCGACUUGAACAUUCAGCCAGAGAGGGAAGAGGAGCCAUCACAGCCUAGAGACUUGACAGAUAUUCCAAAUUCCCGUGGCUGGCUCCCAAGAACUGACACCGAGGGUGAGGCGGCAGAGUAGAAACUAAGAAGUCUUGAAGGCCAUGCAUGUCUGAUCUCUUCUUGCCGAGCUCACCUUCCCCAACUUCUGCCGGCAAUUUUGAUGACGACGGUCAUAUGUUUAUGGAGUAAUCAUACCGGAGCCUCUUUUUUUGGUUCUGUUCUAUUUACCCCUUAUACCUUUUCUGCUUUUCAACCUUCCAAGGGAAGGGAGAUGUGGCCUUCCAUCGUCUGUUUUAUUUAGGCGUGUACCGUAACAUCAUGUACUUUUUAACGUAGUCUUAAGAAAGCCGCGGUCGGCCUGUGUCUGUCAGGUCCGGAAGUGGCAGGCCGGAAAAGCAACCCAAGGAUCAGUCAGGAAUGGAAACCCAUGUAUCUAGGUUUUAUUUGAUAAUUGUUGUUUUAAUUGUGGUAUAGUUUCAAUUUCAUAAUUGUUGUUUUAA